CUCAACUCUCUUCCUUUACAUCGUGGUGAUUUUGGUCUGCUUUGCGGUGUUUUCGUCAGUUUCUAUUAAAUUUCAUCAUAUUUGAAAAUUUAAUUUUGGUGUCUGAAAGAUAUAGCAUCUGCAAUAUGACACUGGACGAAGAAAUGAGUGCGAUGAAGCUGACUGAAAUUUACAUAUCAGAAAAUGGAAGUGAUGAAGCUGGAGAUGGAACUCAAAAACUCCCAUUCAAAACUGUUUUAAAGGCAAUGAGACAUUCUGGAAAGGAACCUUUUCCAAACUUUUAUAUAGAAUCAAACAAAGAAGGAGAGAAGUGGCAGCUGGUUUCACAAUCUCAAAUAAAAAAAGUGAAGAAGAUUUGGCAGAGAGAACAAUAUAAAAAUGCCGAGAAAGUCCAAAAAGAAAAAGAUGAUGCGGAUAGAAGAGAAAAAAAUUUGGAUGAAGCUAAGAAAAUCAUAAUAACUAUGGAUGAUUCUCUUCCUAAACCUGUUGAGGUAAAAAUUCGAGAUUGUAAAUUACAUCGUGGUGAGCGAGUCAAAGUUUAUGGUUGGGUUCAUAGACUACGCAGGCAAGGGAAAUCUUUAAUGUUUAUUACAUUAAGGGAUGGAUCUGGUUUCUUACAGUGUGUUCUGAAUGAUUUGCUGUGUCAAACUUACGAGGCUUUAGUUUUGUCAACUGAAUCGUCUGUCUGUAUAUAUGGUGUGCUCAAUGAAGUGCCUGAAGGAAAGACUGCUCCUGGAGGACAUGAGCUUCAGUGUGAUUAUUGGCAGCUUGUUGGUGAUGCUCCAUCAGGUGGUGUUGAUAAUGUAUUGAACGAGGAGUCUCAUGUUGAUGUGCAAUUAGAUAAUCGCCAUCUUAUGUUAAGAGGAGAGACUCUUUCAAAAAUAACUUUGGUUCGAUCACAUCUGAUGCAAUGCUUUAGAGAUCACUUUUUCCAUAAACAAUAUGUUGAAGUCACUCCUCCAACUCUUGUUCAAGCCCAAGUUGAAGGUGGUUCAACACUAUUUAAAUUAGACUUUUUUGGACAAGAGGCAUAUCUGACUCAAUCAUCACAACUUUACUUAGAAACAGUAAUUUCUUCAUUAGGUGAUGUUUUUUGUAUGGCAAUGUCCUACAGAGCGGAGCAGUCAAGAACAAGGCGGCAUGUAGCUGAAUAUAUGCAUGUAGAAGCUGAAUGUCCCUUUAUUACAUUUGAUGACUUAUUAGAUCGAUUAGAAGAUUUGAUAUGUGAUGUGGUGGAUAGGAUAUUGAAGUCACCAGUUGGUUAUCUUGUUCAUGAAUUUAACCCUGAAUUCAAAGCUCCGAAGAAACCUUUCCGCCGCAUGAACUAUGCAGAUGCUAUUGUUUAUCUUAAAGAGAACAACAUCACCAAAGAAGAUGGUUCAUUUUAUGAAUUUGGGGAGGAUAUUCCUGAGAUGCCUGAAAGAAAAAUGACAGAUAAAAUUAAUGAGCCAAUAAUGCUGUGUAGAUUCCCUGCUGAAAUUAAAUCAUUUUACAUGAGUAGAUGUCCAGAAGAUCCAAGACUGACAGAAUCGGUUGAUGUACUUAUGCCUGGGGUUGGUGAAAUCAUCGGAGGCUCUAUGAGGAUUUGGAACUACGAUGAAUUGAUGGAAGGCUAUAAAAAUGCUGGAAUUGACCCUAAAAAUUAUUAUUGGUACACUGAUCAGAGGAAAUAUGGCAGCUGCCCACAUGGAGGAUUUGGCCUUGGACUGGAGAGGUUUUUAACUUGGCUUCUUAACAGAUACCAUAUCCGAGACACCCUCCUUUAUCCACGAUUCGUUGAUAGAUGCACACCAUAGAUACUGCCGCAAAGCAUUCCUUAAUGUAUCAUAUAAAUAUUUAUUUUCUAUACUUUCCAAUUUUUCAUUUACUGGACUGGAAAUAAAAGAGCAAGAAACAACUUAUAGGGGAAAUACUGAAAAACACAUCUCUUGUAAUUUCAAUUUCACGAGAUGCUUUGAAAAAGGUUAUGCAAUAAAAGUUGCCUAAUAACAUCCAA